AAAGUUAUUUACAACGUAGCCUUUACUCUUGGAACCUGAUAGCCAUAAGUUAAAAUAAAAGCCAGUUCUCAUUCCAUAUCCAAGAAAAAGGAAAAAAGCUUGAAAGAAGCAGGGAAAUCGUUUGUUUGCUGUUGAUUGUAAUAAAAAGGGGAAGAUGUCGCGUAAAUUUUGUGUUGGUGGCAAUUGGAAAAUGAAUGGGGAUAAGAAUGCUAUUUCUGAAAUAUGUAAGAACUUGUCUGGAGCGAAACUAAAUGAGAAUACCGAAGUCAUUUUGGGCUGUCCGUUUGUUUACAUUAGCUAUGUUCGCGAACUAUUCCCAUCUAAUUUUCAUAUUGCUGGACAAAAUUGCUAUAAAAUAGCAAAAGGGGCUUUUACCGGGGAAAUAUCGCCAGCAAUGUUAAAAGAUGUCGGUGCAAAUUGGGUAAUUCUUGGACAUUCGGAACGUCGGCAUGUUUUCAAUGAAAGCGAUGAGUUAAUUGCUGAAAAAGCAGCCCAUGCCUUGGAUGAAGGUCUAAGCGUGAUUGCUUGCAUUGGUGAGAAAUUGGAUGAACGCGAAGCUGAAAAAACAGAACAAGUAGUAGCUUGUCAAAUGGCUGCUUAUGCUAAAACUGUUAAAGAUUGGUCGAAAGUAGUGGUAGCGUACGAGCCAGUUUGGGCGAUUGGAACGGGAAAAACAGCUACACCGGACCAGGCUCAAGAUGUUCAUGCAUUUUUACGUAAAUGGUUAACGGAGAAUGUUUCCAAAGAAGUCUCCGAUAGCUUACGUAUACAAUAUGGUGGCUCGGUUACAGCUGCCAAUUGUAAAGAGUUAGCUGCCAAACCUGAUAUUGAUGGUUUUCUUGUGGGCGGUGCCUCUUUGAAACCCGAAUUUAUUGACAUUAUAAAUGCCAAACAAUGAACAAACCACCUAAUCUAGCUCUACAAUGCGCAAAUUCUUCUUUAUUUUUACAAGUUAUUGUUUUAAAAAAAAUGU